AUGAUCGAAAGUGAUGAGCAGCAUUUCGCAGGCGAGGCUAUCAAUGACAUCGGAGCAAGCCUUAACAAGGAUGAGAAUAUCACGGAUAUUUUCGCACCUCCUCUUACGCUCACUCUACUCUUGGAUUGUGACACAUGUCGAAGACUCAAAAUAAAGCAACUAGCACCACCUGCGAUGAGCAAAAAGGCGGAGGCUCCUCCUCAACUAACGCUGCAUUCACCAUUGACCCGUGCAGAGGAUAAGGAAGCAGGAAGACAUUCUAUUGAACCGGGAUCUGAGGCUUGUCAGACAAGAGGCCAAAUUCAAACAGGUGCCGGAGAUGACGCCUUCAAAGAGACUGUCGAUGGAGUUGAUCGACCUCACUAUCUCAAGAAGAUGGUAUCUGAAGGAACGUGGACGGAAGUGACCAAAGAUUUGGUCAGCAAGCAAGCAAUCGAGCAGAUGCGGUAUGAGUACGAGGAGACUCCUGGCUUUUACUAUAUCAUGGCCUACCUGAAAUAUGAGGACGUCUUGGCUCUUAUUGAGCUUACAAAUAACAAGCAACACACCAUAACUCGUGCUCUUGACGUUGUUGAGAGUGGGGCGGAUGAAUCAGAGACCGCUGUUGGGCUCCUAGAAAAGACUUAUAAUGAUAUGCUCGCCAAAGUCCAAGCUCACCCCAGUACCUACGCCUUGAAUUCUGAUGAAUUGAGAGUCCUGCAUUAUUUUCAAAGCCGCGCUUGUGCUAACGAUGACCUGUACGCAGCGAUUGUGCGUAGAAAAGGGGCAACACCCGCUCAAGAGUACUUCUUACCCUCUGGGAUGCCACAACAAUAUCAUGGGAAUAAAUUGAAUAGUCUUGAAGACGUUUCAGACCAGAUUAACAGGAUCUCAGACAAUAGUGAACAGAAAAUUUCUACUUCGAGAAAAGCCAUACAAAACGUCAAGCGGAGAGAGGGUUUACUGGGCAGCAACAAAACCGCAUCAGAAGACAAUCUAUCGGUGAAAAGCCCAAAAGAUGACCGGGUGACUCCCCGAAAAGCGCACUUCGCUCAAUUCAAUAUAUCGCUCAAGCAGCAACAAGCGUCAGAAGUCUGGGCCAAAGGCGGUUGGAAAGUUGCAGUGUCAUUGCAAAAAGAGGACAUGAAUGAAAAGCUCGAAGUUGAUGGACUCAAGAAUAUAGGUACAAUGGAUAGCAUGUCCAAUCUGGCUUUCAUGUACUGGCGACAAGGGCGUUUUGCCGAAGCCGAGGAAUUACAAUUGCAAGUACUGGGAGCCAAGCGCAAAGUCUUGAAACCGGGGCACCGAACACUAGCUGCAAGUCAAGCCGAUCUAGUCUUCUUGUACCAGCUUCAAGGGCGAUGGGAAAAAGCAAAAGAGCUUUCCGAAGAGAUAGGAAGGCGACUGGGACUCCACUUCACUUCAGUCAGCCUAGAGGGAUGGCCGAACAAGAUUCAGAAGAUACGGACGGCCGGUGCUCGGCUCUCAAAACCCCCUUUUCUCAUACAAAGGGCUCGAAAGAUGGCGUUUUAUGUACAGUGGAGGCUUGAACGAAAAGAGAGCCCUCCACCUACCUUGUUCAGAUUGAAUACCGUAGUGGACUAUCAGAUUCAUGGAGGGUUCUCUCGAAUAGAGCGAUGUAAGGCGUACGUCGAAAGCUUCAGUGGCAGAGAGUGGGAUUGGUGGCCACUUGCUCAGAUGAAAGAGCAGGUCCCAGAAGGCAAGAUAAGGCUCCAAUGGCAAUGUGGCGUGAUCGGCUCCGAACGGUCCUUCGACGAUACCAAAAAACUUUUCGUACUCUUCGCCAUUCAUCAGAGCUCAAAGAUCGAUCACACACAGAUUGAAACGAAGAUACCAAAGAUCCAUGACGACGCAAUGUUCUUUGCAAACCUUCGUACAGAAUACCGUCUUCUGAGAGGUCUUUUACGGUAUUGGCUGUCACCCUUUGUAUUCUCACAUUGCUCUUUCGUCAAAUAUACUCGCUUCUACGUCAACGAGCUCGCUCACAUCGGACCAAGUCUCCCCACUGACUCACUUUACGUCUAUCAUCCUCGACCACCAGGUCCACACGAUGAUCCACCAAUCUCCUCUCACGAAUUCAACAGGCGGUUCUAUUCCACCCUUUGCAAUCCAUGCGGACGCGGCGAGGCGCUCGAAAGGAUUCCGAAAAGGAUGAAACGCUUCCAAACCCACAUCCAUGUUGACGGACGGGAGCACAUGUGGGGCCUCCAAGUGGAGCUCAGGCCGAGCUUCAUAAGGGUCCUGCUGUGGCAGAUCGCUAUCACUGCUGCUGGAUGGGCUUUGCUAGGCUGGUGGCUAAGCCGCCAUAGGGGAGAUCUGCAGGGUGCUGCUGUUCCAAUUACCUUGAUUCUUACGGCGCUCGUCGCAUUAUGGGUACCACUUUGGGAACGCAUGAAAUGA